AAGCGGAUCUAACACUACAGUGCAAAUCUGCAAUCCUUUGGUUCGUUGUUUUGGUUAAUAUCUCGCAUCCUCCAUUAGAAACAUUCGACGUUUACUCGAUCGCAGAGAGCUAGAUCACAGAUUCUGCUGAACUGUUUCAUAUCUCUGGAAUCCUCACCCUCUACUACUCAUGCCUCAAAGGCGCACCACGUCCUUUUCGUUUCCAGUUGAAGAUUCCAGAUCUGAUCCGUGAAAUUCAUCAGAGACAGAGAAAGAUAUAGAGAAAGGUAGAUUUCAGGUAAUGGCUGGGGCAGUUUCUGCUCUGUUUCUCUUAGACAUAAAGGGGCGCGUUCUGGUGUGGCGCGACUACCGUGGAGAUGUCUCCGCCGUUCAAGCUGAACGCUUCUUUACCAAGCUCAUCGAGAAAGAGGGAGAUCCGCAGUCUCAAGAUCCGGUUGUGUACGAUAAUGGAGUUACUUACAUGUUUAUACAACACAGUAACGUUUACCUCAUGACCGCGUCGAGGCAGAAUUGUAAUGCUGCUGGUCUGCUCUCCUUUCUCCACCGCGUAGUUGAUGUUUUUAAGCAUUAUUUCGAAGAAUUAGAAGAGGAAUCACUUAGAGAUAAUUUUGUGGUAGUGUAUGAGUUACUUGAUGAAAUGAUGGACUUUGGCUACCCUCAGUACACAGAAGCAAAAAUUCUUAGUGAAUUUAUCAAGACUGAUGCCUACAGGAUGGAAACUAAUCAGAGGCCUCCCAUGGCUGUUACAAAUGCAGUGUCAUGGCGAAGUGAAGGGAUACUUUACAAGAAGAAUGAAGUUUUCUUGGAUGUCGUGGAGAGUGUUAAUAUUCUUGUCAAUAGCAAUGGACAAGUAAUUAGGUCAGACGUUGUUGGUGCUCUGAAGAUGAGAACUUAUUUAAGUGGCAUGCCUGAAUGCAAGCUUGGCCUCAAUGAUAGACUGUUAUUGGAAGCCCAAGGUCGUGCAACAAAAGGAAAGGCCAUUGAUUUGGAGGAUAUCAAAUUUCAUCAGUGUGUGCGUUUGGCCCGCUUUGAGAAUGACCGGACUAUAUCCUUUAUACCCCCUGAUGGGGCUUUUGAUCUGAUGACAUAUAGACUCAGCACUCAGGUUAAGCCUCUGAUUUGGGUGGAAGCUCAAGUUGAAAGGCAUUCAAGGAGUCGCGUUGAGAUGAUGGUAAAAGCUAGAAGUCAGUUCAAGGAGCGUAGCACUGCAACAAAUGUUGAGAUUAAUUUGCCAGUGCCAACUGAUGCUUCCAACCCUAAUGUUCGGACAUCAAUGGGAUCUGCAUCAUAUGCACCCGAACAUGAUGCUUUAAUGUGGAAAAUUAAAUCUUUUCCUGGUGGAAAGGAGUACAUGUUGAGGGCAGAGUUCAAUCUUCCAAGCAUAACUGCUGAAGAAGGAGCUCCUGAUAGAAAGGCUCCAAUACGUGUGAAGUUCGAGAUACCAUAUUUUACAGUUUCAGGGAUUCAGGUUCGGUACCUGAAGAUCAUUGAGAAAAGUGGCUACCAGGCUCUUCCAUGGGUGAGGUAUAUAACUAUGGCUGGCGAGUAUGAGCUUAGGCUUAUUUAGAACUGCUCCAUUGGCAUUGUGGAACUGCUAAGUGCCUAAGUUUAUCUAUGAGGUGGAAAGCAAGAAUCCAUGUGUUAACAAGGAGCCAUAGGAAGUCAGUUUUCCAGGUCUAUGGUUCGCCAUGGAUACCUUUUUAUUCUUCAUGUCUUCCUACUUCUGGACAUUGUUGUAUUAUCUAAUGGCUUGGCUACUCUAUGCUAGAAACCUUAUUCA